CGGGCACAUGCGGAAAAUUCGCUUAGGUGCGAAAUGGGUUGUUGGAUACCGGUUGAGUUGUGAAUCAGAACCGGUAUGAAAGAUGGUGGUGUCGACUUCAACGGCCGAUUUGAUUGGCGAUCUUCCAGAGAUCCGGUGCAGAGAUUCAAAGCGACGCCGACACCCGAGCGCAAGGAGACGGAUAAGCUUGACGGGUAUGCGCCUUGCUGUGUUGAUUGCUGCGUUAGUAGGCGCCCCAGCGGUGAGCGCCGGCCCGUAUGAUGGCUGGGCGCCGCACCGCUACUGCAACGACAUCGACGGCAUCGAGGCCUCGCGCGUCCCGCCACUCACCCCUGAACAAGCCGAACGUGUGGAAUCCCUGGAGCAGGUUCAGAUCAUCGCACGCCACGGUGCUCGUGCGCCCUAUGCCAAGCUUUUCUGUUGGGACUCGCACAAGCACAACCCCAUGAACGCCGAAUGGGACUGCACUACCACGUCUGUCUCGUCUCAAGAUAUUAACCCGAAUGAGCACUCGAAAGGGUUUGGACGACUGUACCGCAAGUCUUACAUGGAUGGUCACAAUAUCCUCAAGGGUGACUGUGUCAUUGGUGGACUGCUCCCGCUGGGCCGUCACCAACAUAAGACCAACGGACAGUUUCUUCGUGACGCCUAUGUAGGCGAUGGCCCGCUCAAACUCUUCCCCACUGCAAACUUGUCGCAACUGGAGUUGAGCGAGAUUUACCUCCGUAGUGAUGAUCAAGAGCGUACACUGGGAUCGGGCCAAGCUUUGAUCGAUGGGCUUUUCCCAGUAGACGGCACACUAUCCCUUGAGCUUCACCGCAUGCUCUCGUGGGAUGUUGCCGAUAUCUCCGUCGAUUACAUUAACGCCAACGAGAAAAUCUGUCCGUUCAUGGGACACAUCGGACAGCUAUCCAAUGAAUCACCGGAGUUCUGGGAACACCUCCGCGACCCUGCCACCGUUGAGAUUGAGCACCACUUCAAUGACCUUGUGGGCAAUUUUUCAUGGGGCUCCGCGUUGGAGUGUCUAAGCACGGCUCGUUGCAAUGAUCUGGAGUUGCCACCUGGAAUUGAUGAGGAAACGUUUACCAAGACGUACCAUGAAGUUGAGGUGCGCCAGGGUAUCUUUCUCACAUACAACGACUCGUGGUAUGCCAAGCUUGCCAUGCAACCGCUGGCUCACGACAUGCUGACUCGACUCGAUGGUGUGCUGAACGACGACCCGGACACGUACAAGCUCUCCGUUACGAUGGGUGCAUAUGCAGUCACUCUUUUCUAUGCUUAGUGCUAGAUGCUUGCCACUGACCGACGUCCUGUUAUUUGACCUGUUGACUGCAGCUCACGAUUCAACGAUCAUGCCGUUCCUGGCUGCUUCAGUGAAGGAGAACUGGGACCGCCUCUGGACUCCGUACGCGGGCAUGCUGGUGAUGGAAGUAUACAAGACGAAGAGCGGCUCGCACGCGGUUCGGAUGAUCUUCCACGGGGAACCUCAGCAUAUUCCAGAAUGCCACGACACUUUGUGCGAUAUCGAGGAGUUUGCCGAGGCCUUUGCGUUUGCACGCAACCCACGCACUCAGCACGACUGCAAGUUGCCCAAGAAGAAGAAACACAAAAGCCCCUCAUCAAAUCUGAUGACCACAACGGCUGACGGCCAUGCGGGGUUCCAGGCUUCUGACUACAUCGGAAGCUACUUGCUGCUGGGACUGGUGGGCAUUGCUGGGUUGCUCGCCCUGCGUGCGAAGGCUCGACGCAACCGAUUGCGUGAAGUGCGCGGCGGCGACGAGACUAUCUCUCUCCUUCCUUAGAAGUGGGGAGUAAAUCUCGCAGUGACACCACUGGAAACUCGUCCAACAACUCAAGAAAAAAAUGCGAUCAAUAAAACGCACCACCAAACUUGACUUUGUCACUUCAAC